CCAUUCCGAUUCAGUCAAUAAUAACUGUACACACAUGAAAUGAUGUGUUUUGAUUUUUCGAUAUUUUUCUCUUUAUUUACCUUGAAGUUUCUUCAACUCGGUACAAUGUAUGAACAUGCAGGGGUAUGGGUUUUGAUUUCGUAGUAAUAAUGUAGUUCUGUCUCCUACAUGAUAAUUUAUAUUUCAGGCAUUGUAGAUCGUUCGGGUAUAAGAAUGUUUUUAUCUCCUGAUAUUCGUCAAUAUGAUGCUGCAGGUAUGACGUUAGGUGUUAACCCAAAUCCUACACAUAUAAUACCACCAUAUCAGAAGUCAUUCGUCUCAACAAGCUAUUGUAAUCCACAGUGUACAGAAAAGGGUUUACCGGACACUGGAAUAUCCAUUUUUGGUGCAUUUCAACAUGCUCAUGUUCUGGGAAGAGCAAUCAAAACGAGGCACAUACGAAAUGGUAGAGAGUUGCCUCCAAUUGCUGAAGACAAAACAUACGAUUUUAACUAUCAGGAUAUCCGAACUUUAAAAGAAGAAAGGAAGGUUAAACGUGGAGACAGUUUCAUGGUUGAGUGUACGUAUGAUUCAUCAAAGAAAAACGAAUCGACAACGGGAGGAAUGUCAACUGGAGAAGAGAUGUGUAUUUCCUAUAUAUACUACUAUCCGAGAACCAAUAUGUCAUUCUGUCUGGCUUCACCAUUGUAUGAUAAGAUUUCUAAUGAUUCAGAAAAAGCAUUUGAACAGCUGAAGGAUUGGAACUGGAACGAUCAAAAUGUUCGACAACAAUUUCAAGAACUAGUCAAUAAUUCAACAUAUAACACCAUUUGCAAUGGACCAAUCAAACUCGAGAGUAAUAGCUAUAAGACUGUUAUACCUGAACCGGAAUAUCCCUACCAUAAACCAUCUCAGUCAUGUGGGAAUUCAAUGGGAAUGAAUUAAGAGUCACGAAAAUAAGACUUCAGACAAUUGAUAUGCUUUGCAUAUGACUUUAACAUACUAUUGUUUUACUUAUUAAUAAGGUUUAAUACUGUUAAUUUGAAAUAUACCUCUUUCAAUUGA